GCCGGGCGCAGGGCGGGGAGAGAGCUCCGGCGCCGGGAAGAAGCCGGGAGCUUCCCUGAUGGUGCCGCCGCCUCCGAGCCGGGGAGGAGCGGCGAGGGGACAGCUGGGCAGGAGCCUGGGUCCGCUGCUGCUGCUCCUGGCGCUGGGACAUACGUGGAGCUACCGAGAGGAGCCCGAAGACGGCGACAGAGAAAUCUGCUCAGAAAACAGAAUCGCCACGACCAAAUACCCGUGUCUGAAGGCUUCAGGCGAGCUCACCACGUGUUUCAGGAAAAAGUGCUGCAAGGGUUAUAAAUUUGUUCUUGGACAGUGCAUCCCAGAAGAUUAUGAUGUGUGCGCCGAGGCUCCCUGUGAACAGCAGUGCACAGACAACUUCGGCCGAGUGCUGUGUACUUGUUACCCGGGAUACCGGUAUGACCGGGAGCGACACCGGAAUCGGGAGAAGCCGUACUGCCUCGAUAUCGACGAGUGUGCCACCAGCAACGGGACGCUGUGUGCACACAUCUGCAUCAACACCUUGGGCAGCUACCGCUGUGAAUGCCGGGAGGGCUACAUCCAGGAGGACGACGGGAAGACGUGCAUCAAGGGAGACAAAUACCCCAAUGACACCGGGCACGAUGAGAAGUCGGAGAACGCGGUGAGGGCCGGGACGUGCUGUGCCUCAUGCAAGGAGUUUCACCAGAUGAAGCAGACGGUGCUGCAGCUGAAGCAAAAGAUUGCCCUGCUCCCCAACAGUGCUGCCGGCCUGGGCAAGUACAUCACUGGUGACAAGGUGCUGGCUUCAAACGCCUACCUUCCAGGACCCCCUGGCCUGCCUGGGGGCCAGGGCCCUCCCGGCUCACCAGGACCAAAGGGCAGCCCAGGCUUUCCAGGUGUGCCAGGGCCUCCUGGACAGCCCGGCCCACGGGGCUCAAUGGGACCCAUGGGCCCAUCUCCUGAUCUGUCCCACGUUAAGCAAGGCCGGAGGGGCCCCGUGGGUCCACCAGGUGCACCAGGAAGAGAUGGUUCUAAGGGGGAGAGAGGAGCACCUGGACCCAGAGGGUCUCCAGGACCCCCUGGUUCUUUCGACUUCCUGCUGCUUAUACUGGCUGACAUCCGCAAUGACAUCGCAGAGCUGCAGGAAAAGGUGUUAGGGCACCGGACUCAGGAGUUCCCUUCACGUCAGGAAUUUUCCAGCUAUCCAGAAACCAUGGACUUUGCCUCUGGAGAUGACUACCCGAAAAGAACUGAGACAAGAGACUUGGGAGCCCCCGGAGACUUUUCUCCUUAGCGCACCCCAACAUCUUCAUGCCAAAGGAAGAGGAGAGAACAGUGUUUUCACGGGCAGUUAAAUCAUCUAAAGAAAAAAACAAACACCACUGGAGACCUAGAAAAGAUACAUUUUUAUUUUCUUUACUCUUUUCCUGCCUUCUCCCUACUUCUCUUCUUCCAAAUACUAUCAUCAGAGUCCCCUGCCAGACCCACUGAGGACAUGAGGGAGUAAAAGAUGGAUUCGCAUGCUUCCCGCUGAGAGCCAGUUGGGGUGGUCUACGUUGGAACUUUUCUUUUACUUCGUUUUUUUUCAGGAACUUCUGGAUUUCUGAAUUAAGUACUCUCACAGUGUCUUAAAAUUUGGCAGAAUAUCAAAAAGGGAAAAAUGGCAAGGGGAGCUUUAAGAAAAUGUGAGUUUACUUACAAAAAAAAAAUAGAUAUGUGUCCAAAUUAGACUGUUAACUCCUCAGUAUCAACAUUAAGCCUCUUCAGUUAAAAGGGGGAGAUGAUGUAUAUUUACUUUGGUGGAUAAUUCUUUUUCCUUGCCAAUAUAAUAGAUUUUAAAUAUUCUAUCCUCUUGUCCAACCUUGUUUCCCAAUUUUGAUUAAAGAGAGAAGAAGGGGUGGAGAUUAGAGAAGACGGAGGAAUAUUACAGUCAUAUAUUUCUGUCAUAUGGGUUGCCACAUUUUAAAAUUCAAAUACGCCUAUUAAGGGUUCAUGCCGUGCUUAUCUAUAAGGAAAGUUAUUGUAGCUGUAGGAAUAAAUCCUCUUUUCAAAACAAAAUAAAUGUAUACGGUGCCCUGAUUCACAUUAGAACAAUGGGCUCCUGGUUUGCCAGGACAUUUUAAAGGUGUUUGAUCAAAUGAGGCAACUUGCUUAGUAAAUCACAGAUUAUUUUUUAAAUAAGGGUGGCUGACCCUUAGGGAGAGGUGCAGAAUUCCCUGGCUGUGCCACGUGUCCAGAAGGUGCCAUUAGGCUGUGAUACAGGUUGAACUUAUGGACAGUGGAGCUCAGGGCUGGAAGGAGGUUGCUGGCUUGGGUUGUUGGUGGGCCAGGAAGGAGAACCUUGAACAGAGACCCCAUUGAAUCAGCAGAGGCAGGUAAAUUUGC